AUGGCUGAUCAACUUACUGAAGAACAAAUCGCUGAAUUUAAAGAAGCUUUCAGUUUAUUUGACAAGGAUGGUGAUGGUACAAUUACUACAAAAGAAUUGGGUACAGUCAUGAGAUCACUUGGUCAAAAUCCAACUGAAGCUGAAUUACAAGAUAUGAUAAACGAAGUCGAUGCUGACGGUAAUGGAACCAUAGAUUUUCCUGAAUUUUUAACCAUGAUGUCUUCAAAAGUAAAAGAUGGUGAUAACGACGAGGAAAUUCGUGAAGCAUUCCGUGUUUUUGAUAAAGAUGGUAAUGGAUUUAUCAGUGCUGCUGAAUUACGACAUGUUAUGACAAAUUUAGGCGAAAAAUUAACAGACGAAGAAGUAGAUGAGAUGAUCCGAGAGGCUGACCUGGAUGGUGAUGGACAAGUGAAUUAUGAAGAAUUUGUCAAAAUGAUGAUGACUAGGUCUUAA